UGUCAGGUCAGGUCUGAAUCGGCGGUUUCUCGUCCCUGAUGCUUAUGUUUUUGGGGGCUAUUGCAGCAACCCUUUAGGUGACCCAUUGACCCGAGGCUAAAGAUAAGGGUGAGCGUAUUUAGGGGCCAAUCUUAACCUCCCUUCUUUGUGAAGACGGGAACACUCAGGCAACAUUGCACGACUGAUACCGGAGUUGGAGCAUUUCAGACAUCCACAAUGGAGAAGACAGAGAAGAGGCCUGGAUACUUCGCCAGGCUGAAGAAGAAGCGGCAGCUGAAGCAGAGCCAAUCAGAGAAAGCAGAUGCCGAGCAGAACCAAUCAGAUUUGGAAUCCAAGACUCCAGUCAUCUGUGAGCCCGCUCCCAUUGGUCGAUCUCAGCAGAGGAAUGCAGAAAGAGCAAGAGGCUCAGAUGACUACAGCCAGACCAAGAAAGAGAAAAGUAAACCUCCAAGGACUGUGGAGUUCACCGUCGGAGCGAAGGACACUCUGAACAGCAUCGCUCUGAAGUUCAACAUCACCCCGAAUGAAGUGGUGCAUCUGAACCGUCUCUUCUCUCACAGCGUCGUACCUGGACAGAAACUGUUCGUCCCUGAUGUGGACCAAUCAGAGCGCGGUUCUCAGGUGGACGGCUCCUCUGAGCGUCUCUCAGCGUCAGAGUCGACAGAGAAGGAGAUGAAGGAUCUGUCUGAAGACGAGAGUCCGACCACCGUCAGAUUCAUCAAGAUGAGCUGCAAGUACUUCACUGACGGCACGGGAGUUGUGGGAGGAGUGUUGAUUAUAACACCCAAUAACAUCAUGUUUGACCCGCACAAAUCUGACCCGCUGGUGAUGGAGAACGGCUGUGAGGAGUACGGUCUCAUCUGUCCCAUGGAGGAGGUGCUGUCCGUGGCCCUGUAUGACGACGUGUCCCGAAUGAAGCUCAAGGACUCGCUGCCGUCGCCGGGCGAGUGGGAGGAGCUUCCCUCCGAACGAGAUCUGAACCCCUUUAGUCGUUACGAGGCUCUCGGAGCGCCCAACCAACUAAUUGUGUUAGACGAUACCGAAACGGCUAUAUCUGAGACAUCAGAGUGCCAGAUCACUGACAAAUCGCCGUCGGACGAAGGUUUCACCGAACUGGAGCUCCUGCAGAGCGACUGUAGCACCACCUGCUCCAGCCAGGAGGGGGCGCCACUACAGGAGCAAAGAAAGACGCCAACAGACCAAUCAGUGAGGUUGUAUCGUGCUGAGGAAGACGAAGAUGAAGGCCUUUACAACCAUUCCACAGAUGACAACGCAGAGCUACCCGAAAAGCUGGACGAACCAGCACUGGUGCAUGAUGGGAAGGAAGCGGUCAUAGAAGUGGACGAGGUGACCAAAACAAGGGGUGAAACAUUAGUAGACGGAGUCUCGGCAAUCGAGGCGACCGCAAGAGACCAAAAAGAGAAGAUGACCCCAGAGGACUCUGGGAAAUGUAGUUGUCCUGGACCCAAUGUUGAAGAUAAUAAGACACCAAACUCGGACGUACAGCUUUCUGAAGCGGAGCUACACAGACGAGCCAGUGAGGCCGAGAUGAAGUCAUGGCUGCUAAAAAGAAUGCAGAGACCAAUCGAAGACAUGCUGCUGUCCAAUGAAGAAAAGAGCAAAGCUCCGCCAAUGUUCCUCUGCUUUAAGGUGGUUAAACCAAUGAGGAAGUCUUUCGCCACUGGUUGGACGUCUAGCCCCGCCCACUCGUACAUUGGCAGAGGACGGCAACCAGAAUAUUGGUUUGCUGUGCCUCAAGAGAGAGUGGACCACAUGUACUCGUUCUUCAUCCAAUGGUCUUCAGACAUUAAUGGGAAGGACGCUCAGGAGCAGGGCUUUGUAGUCGUGGAGAAAGACGAGCUCAGCAUGAUCGACAACUUCUUCUUUAGUGACCCGGUUCCUCGCAGCUGGGAGAUCAUCACGAUUAAUGAUGCCAAGAGACGCCAGAGCUUCAGCUUCGAGGACGAGGAACUUCUAGAUCUUCUUCCUGUUCUGAUGGACGACAGUGCUCUUCUGGAGGACACGCACAUUGAGAAGUUGUCCACUCGAUUGCCGGCCCGUGUUCAGGGCUAUCCGUGGCGUCUGGUCUACAGUACAUUGGUACACGGAACCAGCCUGAAAACCCUGUACAGGAACAUGAUGACGCUGGACUGCCCUGUGCUGAUGGUCAUCAAAGAUAUGGACAACCAGAUUUUUGGAGCAUUUUCCACUCACCCUUUCCGAGUGAGUGCAUACUGUUAUGGUACAGGAGAGACCUUCCUCUACAGCUUCUGCCCAGAGAUCAAGGUUUACCGCUGGACGGGUGAAAACUCAUACUUUGUGAAAGGAAACACAGAUUCCCUUCAGAUUGGUGGAGGAGGGGGUCGUCUGGGCCUGUGGCUGGACGCUGGCCUUUACCAUGGCUUCUCAUCCAAAUGCUCCACCUUCAACAACCGGCCACUGUCUUCCAAACAUGACUUCACCAUCCAAAACCUGGAGGUGUGGGCCUUUAAAUGAUCGCUGGACGCUAACGUACCCAUGCGCACCAAGAGACACGCCGAAUCCAAUCCUGCUUGACCACAUGGUUUUACUUGGUUUCUCCUAGUCUGAACCUAGUUUCCUAGUCCAACUAGAUCACACAGAGAGAGAGAGAGAAGUUCGUGGCAGCGAUGCCGCCCAGAGCUAUCCCAGCAUGCAAUAUUCUCUAGAGAUGUUCUCCUUCUGAAAUAUAACCAAUAUAUAAAAACAUGUGUCUGUGAACGGUGAGGUCUGUGUAUGAUACUUUGGAAGUGUUCAAAGCCGAAAACAUAUACAGUGGCCAAAUCUGUUGCUUCAAAGCCAUUUACACGAAUCAAAUUCUUGGUUUACAUCGUGGCGGUUUGAUGCUUUUAGUUGGUGUAUUUGCACAAGUAAAUACAAAUAUGUCCACGAACUGGUUUUGUUGACCAAAGCUUUUUAUUUGCCUUGUUCUCCAAUGUUUUAUAUUACAUUUUGUGUGUGUGUGUGUGUUUUUAUUGGACGUGACUUGUUUUAUUGGUUGUUUUACUGUUUUGUGAAAAUUUUAGGGACGUUUUCUAGUUAAUUCGAAAGGGAAGCACUUUGAAUUAUGCCAGUAUUACUCGUGUACACUCUGGUGAUCGCAAGCCUGAUUUCGUUAACUGAGUUGCAUCAGUUUCUAGCACAUCAGGUUCACCACUUCACUGUGGGUUUGUGUAUACAAUCAUUGACCGAUGUCACUUCCUGUUAUGCGGUAGCACUACUGUAUAAGGAAAGCGUGAAAAGACGUAUGGUGCAUUCUUGCUGUUGGAGGCUUGAUGGGUUGCACAGCUCUUUAAAAGCAUCCACUUAUUCACUACUAGACCCCUUCAGUGGGGAUUAACUAACCGUGUCCAUUCCAAAUCCACAUUACAUGGUCCAUUAGGGGG